GAGUGACAGUCCGCUGUAGAACACUGCCAGGGUCUGGGAUAUAGCGCUACUCACUGCCAAGCACAGGGGCACUCGCUCUGCUCUCCACUCACUCCCAACAUGCCUAAAAAGAAGCCUACGCCCAUACAGCUGAAUCCCAACCCCGAAGGGACUGCUGUGAACGGGACCCCUACAGCCGAGACAAACCUUGAAGCUCUGCAGAAAAAGUUGGAAGAGCUUGAGCUGGAUGAGCAGCAGAGGAAGCGUCUGGAGGCUUUUCUCACCCAGAAGCAGAAAGUUGGGGAACUGAAGGAUGACGACUUUGAAAAAGUUUCAGAGCUUGGAGCAGGCAACGGAGGAGUGGUGUUUAAGGUGUCCCACAAGCCAACCAGCUUGAUUAUGGCCAGGAAGUUGAUUCAUCUGGAGAUUAAGCCUGCAAUCCGAAACCAGAUUAUCCGAGAGUUGCAGGUUCUGCAUGAAUGUAACUCCCCAUACAUUGUGGGGUUCUAUGGGGCCUUCUACAGUGAUGGAGAGAUCAGCAUUUGCAUGGAACACAUGGAUGGAGGCUCCCUUGAUCAGGUUCUGAAGAAAGCUGGCAAAAUCCCAGAAAAGAUUUUGGGAAAAGUCAGCAUUGCAGUGAUAAAAGGUCUAACCUACCUGAGAGAAAAGCAUAAGAUAAUGCACAGAGAUGUGAAACCUUCUAACAUCCUGGUCAACUCUAGAGGAGAGAUAAAACUCUGCGACUUUGGGGUCAGCGGGCAACUCAUAGACUCCAUGGCAAAUUCCUUUGUUGGGACAAGAUCCUAUAUGUCGCCGGAGCGACUACAGGGCACUCAUUAUUCUGUGCAAUCAGACAUCUGGAGCAUGGGGCUGUCGCUGGUGGAAAUGGCCAUUGGAAGGUAUCCCAUUCCACCCCCUGAUGCCAAAGAGCUGGAACUUAUCUUUGGGUGUUCUGUAGAAAGGGAUCCAGCAUCUUCUGAACUGGCACCUCGCCCCCGGCCACCCGGACGUCCAAUAAGCUCAUACGGUCCUGAUAGUCGACCACCCAUGGCUAUUUUUGAACUUCUGGAUUAUAUCGUGAACGAGCCGCCUCCAAAAUUGCCCAGUGGAGUAUUUGGAGCUGAGUUCCAGGACUUUGUGAAUAAAUGUCUUGUGAAGAAUCCGGCAGAGAGAGCAGACCUUAAACAGCUAAUGGUUCACAGCUUCAUUAAGCAGUCAGAGUUGGAGGAAGUGGAUUUUGCUGGAUGGCUCUGUUCCACUAUGGGCCUUAAGCAGCCCAGUACCCCAACCCAUGCCGCCGGAGUGUGAGUGAACAUGGCGUGGAUGGUGGGCCUGGCAGAGAGUUACCACAUCAUGCUCAUACCAACCUCUAUGGUUGGGGUCUCUGCAGAAAGUGCCAAAAACAUUCUUUUAAUUCUCUUCAAUCCCUUCAUUGAGUUGGGUCCUUUUGGGAAUGGGAUAAACACGAUUUAUUCCAGUGUCCUGUGGGCUCCACUUGCAGUACAGUUCCUGCUUUUAUCCCAUGAUGCUUUGUGGUACCUGUGAUGCUUUCAGUACACGAUACAGGAGAUGAGCCCAGGUGAUAGGUGACUGUGCAUUCUGAUUUACCAGCAAAAUGCAUACUAGGUCAGUCACAGGCCAAACUGAACUGAUGGCUGUUAUGUACCAAACUGGAUGGAUGAUGACACAUGUCAGGAAAAAGGCAAAACCAGUUAAAAGUAAUGGUUAAAAAAGGCUUUAUAAGCAAAUGGCAAGACAGACCUAUCAUAUCAAUAAUGCAGUGCAGGCUAAAUUUAUUGCAAAGAAUCCGUUUUAACACUUCCCUUAUUCUCAAGAAAUGCCCUACUGCGCUUAGUUCAUGUUGGUCACACAUGAGACUGCCCCAACCUCCCAAAAUUAGGAUUCUCAUAUGCUGUCUGGAGAUCUGAGCCAUGCAUGUUCCUUGCAGGCAGAUGUCUGUAUCUGAACCUGCGUCCAAAGCCAUAAGCCCAGGGCCUGCCAGCUAUAAGAAAUGGCCAGUUAUGGGAAAUGAAUUGUGGAAAUGUUAACCCAUCUCUGCCGGAGCACUUCUAUUAAGUGGAGCACAUACUGUAUAUCACUUGAUGUCUUUCUUAAAUUGGAGAUGAGUGGGGGCAAAUGUUAAGUAUAGGGCAGUUUGAACAUAUAUGUUAGAUGUAUGAGGGUAAUGGGAAAGGAUUUAUAGAUUUGUUGCAGUUUGAAAGCAUAACAAACCAUGAAUCCAUACAGGUUGCUCCGGCAGAGAACGGGAUAGCUAGCCAGCAGUCCUUCCGCUGCCUCCUGCCUGUGCCUCUUUGCUUGCUCUGAUUCUUUCAUAUUUAUUUUUUAUUUGAAUGUGAUGUGCUGUGUGAGCUGUGGAUCUGCUCGCUGUAUAGGGCUUCUUUCCCUCCAUGGAAUUAUUUUUCCUGCGUUCCCUUUCCCUUAUUGCAACAUCUCCAACAUGCCAAGGGGAAAAGCUUUACCCCAGAGCAGAAUUCCUGACCGUGAGAAGCCGUUGCCUUUAGUCUCUCAACAUUGUAUCUUUCGAGUAUUCAGAUGUGUUAUCUUUGAUUCUAAUAAAUAUGUUCUAGAGAAA